AAACAGCCUAUAUCCAAAGCUUUAUUCGUUUCUUUGUAAUACGCAAAGUAGAAAACGGCCUAUAUCCGUUCCCGCCAAUUUCAGUCGGCAAAAUGCGUAAAUCCCAGAACGUGUAAUAACGCUUACGGUGAACACGUGCAUCUGCGAAUUUACAGCUUGGUGCAAGUGAUAGUGGAAUCUAUAUUUCCAUAAAGGGCUUUUGAAAGAUUAUGGCGAGACGAAUUGACAGAAUCUUCGAAGCGUUGAAGUCUACUACCAGCUAUGAAAAAGUAAAUGAAAAAAAUAAUAACUACGACCUAUCAAAGGCUAUUCAGGAUGCUGAAAUAAUAUUUUCAGACGCUGCUGGCGAAGACUACAGUGCUGUUGGAAAUGUGGAUUCAGUAGAAGCGCAAAGUGCUAGCGAGUGCAAUAGUGAAUUUGUAGACGCACAAAUUAGCGAUUUUGUAGUUGAUGGAGAAGUCAGAAUGAUGAUGGAAGACGCAAGUGAUGAAGCUGUGGCUCCAAUUCAGUUGAGUAUUGUUGAAAUUGGCCAACGUGAUUCCAUUUUCGAUUAAAUACCUUCCUGUUCAGGAGUACAAUCCACUAUUAUUGAAAAUCUAACUGUAGAAGAUUGUGAGAGCUCCGACUUAGAUGAGUCUGAUCAUACGCCUUGUACUAAACUAUCGGAUAAGAUAUUAGAAGACGAAGGACCCCGUCGGAAGCGUUCAACAAAGUAUGAAGUAAACAAAAAUAAAUGGCAUGAAAACAAGAAUCGAAUUAAAAGAGAAAAGGGAGAAUCAUACGUAGGGAAAAAAAAGGAAAAUGGGAUGUGGAAAUAUGACAUUUUAAAGGAACCGAGAUCACUAAAGGAUGUAUGUCGUUGUAAACUAAGUAACAAUCAAAAAUCUGUUUUAAAAUGUAGAGAAUUGACUGAAAAUGAGAGAAAAAACAUUUUUAAGGAAUUUUGGCAAUACACUUGGGCAGAAAAGAGGGUUUUCGUAAAAAAUCACGUUUCCAUAAAUUAUACUAUAAGAAAACGGGGAAUUAGGGACGUUUCAAGAAGAUCUUAUUCAAACAGAUUCUUUUUGGGCAAGGACAGACUAAGGGUUUGUAGAACGAUGUUUCUUAAUACGUUAGGAGUAAAAGAGUGGGUUAUAAAAAAAUGGGCCAAAAGUAACUUGGAAAAUGGUUAUAGAAAGGAUGAAGAUAAUGUACAGCCGAAUAAAAUACGUGACAGUACUACUGCACCUACUCGUUCGCUGCAUGACUUUUUCGACUGUCUACCGAAGCUGGAAUCGCACUAUUGCAGGGCUUCCACAUCCAAGCUCUAUUUAGAGCCAACUUGGAAUUCUAAGGCUCACUUAUAUAAAAUUUACAAAAGCGACUACUGUACUACACAUAACGUUGAACCUGUAUCGAUUGCAACAUUCCAUAAAGAAUUCGACAAAAAACGACUAUCACUCUAUAAACCAAAAAAAGAUCUAUGUGACACUUGUGUUGCUUUUGAGACGGGCAAUUUAACAGAAGAUAAGUACAAUGAACACAUUGCAUUCAAAAAUGCAGCAAGAACUGCAAAGACCGUAGAUAAAGAGUCUCCAAACGAAGUUUUUACAAUGGACCUUCAAUCCGUUUUGCUAUCCCCAAAAUCAAACACGUGUGCACUGUAUUAUAAAACUAAGCUGAUUGUCCACAACUUCACCCUCUAUGACAUCAAGCGCAAUCAGGGCUACUGUUAUUUAUGGAAUGAAGCGGAAGGAGGACUAACUAGUGAUGAGUUCACAAGCAUAAUAAUAUC